UUUCUAUAUGCUCUCCCUGUCAUUGCUUUUGGAGAACAACUAAGUAGAGACACAGGGGGACGGUUGAGCGCAGUAGAAGCAUUGACAUCCACAGCGCUAUGUGGAAUUAUUCAUUCAAUAUUUGGAGGACAACCUUUAUUGAUUUUAGGAGUUGCCGAACCAACUGUUAUAAUGUAUAGUUAUCUUUACAAAUUUAGCAUAAGCCUUCCUGCAAUUGGCAAAGAGCUCUUUUUGCCUUGGGCUGGAUGGGUUUGUGUAUGGAGUGCACUUUUCUUGAUUCUACUUGCAAUUUUUAAUGCUUGUUCAGUUAUCACAAGGUUUACAAGAGUUGCGGGCGAAUUGUUUGGCAUGCUAAUUACAGUUCUCUUCUUUCAGGAGGCUGUAAAGGGAGUAGUCGAGGAAUUCAGGGAGCCAAAAUCUGAACAUGGAGAAAAAGCUGAAUUCUAUUGGCAAUACAUUAACGGAUUGUUUGCAGUCAUUUUCGCUUUUGGAGUUCUUCUCACUUCCAUGAAGACCAGGAAAGCAAGAUCAUGGCUAUAUGGAACAGGGUGGAUGAGGAGCCUUCUUGCGGAUUAUGGGAUUCCCUUGAUGGUAGUGUUAUGGACAGCAGUAUCUUAUGCUAAGCCAAGAGGUGUUCCUAAAGAUGUUCCUAGAAGGUUGGAUUCUCCACUUCCAUGGGAACCUCAAUCUCUCUAUCAUUGGACUAUAGUAAAGGACAUGGGGAAGGUGCCGAUUCCUUAUAUAUUCGCGGGGAUUAUUCCGGCAGUGAUGAUAGCGGGAUUAUACUUUUUCGAUCAUAACGUAGCUUCCCAAAUGGCUCAACAACAUGAGUACAAUCUUCAAAAGCCAUCUUCCUACCACUAUGAUAUGCUUUUGCUUGGAAUAAUGACUCUGAUCUGCGGUCUCCUGGGCGUUCCUCCGUCAAACGGAGUCCUUCCGCAGUCUCCAAUGCAUACAAAAAGUUUGGCAGUUCUUAAGAGACAGAUGCUCCGAAAGAAAAUGGUGAAAAGUGCCCGGGAAUGCAUUAGGAUGAACAAGACCAAUUCUGAAAUAUACGGAGAGAUGCAUGAUGUUCUCAGACGAAUGGAUGCUGAGCCUACUGCUAGAGAGUUGCAGAAUUUGAGAGAAGCUGUAAUGAACCCUGACAACAAGGAUGGAACUUCUAAAGGUUUUGAUCCUGAGAAACACAUAGAUGAGCACCUACCAGUCAGGGUUAAAGAGCAAAGAGUGUCCAACUUAUUGCAGUCCAUUCUGAUCGGCCUAUCCGUUUUAGCCAUCUCUGUUAUCAAAAGGAUACCUACCUCCGUUUUAUGGGGAUAUUUCGCUUACAUGGCAAUCGAUAGUUUACCCGGCAAUCAAUUCUGGGAAAGGAUACUACUUCUCUUCGUCACUAAGAGCCGCCGUACCAGAAUUUUGGAAGGUUCUCAUGCCUCAUAUGUGGAGACAGUACCAUAUAAAACGAUAGUUACUUUUACAGCCUUGCAAAUAUUAUACUUUGGAAUCUGUUUUGGGUUGACAUGGGUGCCAGUAGGUGGAAUCUUGUUUCCACUACCAUUCUUCCUUCUCAUUGUUAUAAGGGAACGCUUGCUUCCCAAAAUGUUCAACCCGGACCAUCUCAAAGAACUUGAUUCCUCUGAAUAUGAGGAGGUUGAGGGUGCUCCGCAACUGGAACCUGACACCGAGGACAGCGGAGAAGAAGAUGAGUUCUGUGAUGCAGAGCUAUUGGAUGAGAUGACAACACACAGGGGAGAGUUGAAACAUAGAAACGUGAGCUUCGAUAGAGGCCAACGCACCUCCGUUGAUCAUGUUUGAAUCUGAUGAAUUUUUUCCUGCAUUUUCUAAGAUGCAGAUAACAUGAUAAACAUACCAGCAGGUAGAAUAAGAAGGUGAUCUUUUGUGGAACAAGAAAGUAUUUAAUCUUGAAAUGCAUUCAAAAAGAAUGCAUAUCAUCAAAAUGUUUCAAAUAAACUUUCCCUUAAUUAGUUAGAUUUGGAAAAGGGAGGAAUAAAAAUCCAAUGGGUCAGAUGGGAUGUAGGGGAAAUUGAAAUGUAUUAUGGAAAAAAAAGCCAAGAUAUAAGAAUCACUUUGAAGUUAUUCUUUUAUGUAUUUAUCCUUUUUU